AUGUCGACUGCCGCCGCACGCAUGUUAACAGGCCUGCCUUGGGCCGGCUCUGCAAUAGGUCCCUCCGUCGAUCUGUCUGUCAGUCAGUCUGUGUGUCUGGCGGUCGGUCAGUCCGGCUCAGUUGACACGAGAGGACGCCCAUUCGACUGUCAGCCUGUCACUCGAGCCGGCAGCCGGCGGCCUCUGUCUGUCUCGGCGCCUAGUCGCCUGCCGCAAUGCGCACGCGCGCUGCGACACCAGCUGCAUGUAGCAGGCUGA